GCGGCGUGCGGGGAGGGGGUUGCCGCUCCGCUUUCCCUGCCUGCCCAGCUGGUGCGUUUCCCUUUCCCGGGAAGGAGGAGGAGGAGAGCGAGAGCUUGGGCCGCUGGGGCUGCCGGACGUCGGCGGGACCCUAGCCGGUCUUCUGCAGCCCCUGCAGCAGCCGCUUUGCCCCGGGUGGCUGAAGCCCGAGCCGAGCGGCCAAGUUGGACUGGCGGACCGGGGGAUCCUGGAGCGGCUCCUGGCCGCGCAGUCCACGGAGAUGGCGGGCUGGCUGCGGGAGUGCCGGGCGGAGAGCGGCGCCCAGGCGGGUGCUCCGGCCGAGGGCUGCUCCCUGCUCAGCCCGGCCCGGGAGGAGCGGAGGCGGCGGCAGUUGCAGGGCCAGCUGAUGAAGAUGGCCAUGAUACCUUCUGAAAGCAGAAAAGCUCUCUCUGGUCUCUCUGUGGAGCAGCUGUUGGGCUUCUCAGAGGAGGAUCCAACUCUGGUCUUGUUGACAGGGACCCCAAGGUUGUUGAUGGAAACCACUGAAACAUCUCCUUUGUGUGGUGGAACUGCAACAGCUCAGGGUUCAGUGUCCUUUGAGGAGGUGGCUGUGUAUUUCACAGAGGAAGAAUGGAGGCUGCUAGAUCCCAGCCAGAGAGCUUUAUAUGUGGAUGUCAUGCUGGAGAAUUCUAGGAAUGUGGCCAUUCUUGCUUAUGGGCAGGAGCAGCAGAAUAACAAGAAGCCUAGCAUAGUGGUUUUCCAAAUGAUAAAGUCUGAAGAAGACACGCUUGGAAAUCGAGGACCAUCACAAAGGAGUACAAAAAGUUGCCGAAUGAAUGAAGGAAACAAAAUGUCUCCUGCGGGUCACAAUGAAACCCGUGACCUCCCAAUCCAGCAAAUUCCCCAACGAGAAGCAGGAAAGUAUCUCAGAUGUGCCAAAAGAGACCGAGAGAAAUCUGAUUUCAGUAAACAUUGUACAGUGCAGAAUAAAGAGGAGGAACAUGAAUAUGAAGAGGACAGACAAAGUUUCGAUCGUAUCUCUUCUCUUGCUCAACGUAACCCAUCAUAUAUCAAAGAGACGCCAUACAUAUUUAUAAAUUGUGGGGAAAAUUUCAGCUUGAACAGUCCUCUUAUUUCCCAUAAAAAUAAGAAACCAUAUGAGUGUGCAAAGGAAUUUAACCGGAAACAACUGCUUCUUUUACCCCCCAAAAAUCCCUCAAGAGAGAAGCCUUAUAAAUGCCUGCAGUGUGAAAAGACGUUUACCCAGAAAGGUAAACUUAGCAUACAUGAAAGGAUCCACACAGGGGAGAAAACCUAUGAAUGUCUGGAGUGUGGAAAGAUUUUCACCGAGAGGCGUAAGCUUAUCAUACAUGAAAGGAUCCACACAGGGGAGAAACCGUAUGUAUGCCUGGUGUGUGGAAGAAAAUUCAAUCAAAGCGGUCAACUGACAAGACAUCAGCGAACUCACACGGGGGAGAAACCGUAUAGCUGCCUGCAGUGUGGAAAGAAAUUUAGUGGAAGUUCCAACCUGAUGAUACACGUCAGAAGACACACGGAGGAGAAGCCGUAUAUAUGUUUGGAGUGUGGAAAAAGCUUCCGUGACAACAGUGUCCUUGUCUGCCAUAAAAGAAUCCACACAGGAGAAAAACCAUACCGAUGCCUGGAGUGUGGAAAGAGCUUCAGUCAAAACAGUAGCCUUUUGCGACACAAAAGAAUCCACACAGGGGAGAAGCCGUAUCAAUGCCCCGAGUGUGGAAAGAGCUUCCGUCAGAAAAGCAGCCUUUUGCAACAUAGAAGAAUGCACACAGGAGAAAAACCGUACACCUGCCUGGAAUGUGGAAAGAGCUUCAACCAGAGCAGUCAUUUUAUGUGCCAUAAAAGGAUUCACACGGGAGAAAAACCAUACAAAUGCAUGGAAUGCGGAAAAGAUUUCCGCCAGAACAGUAGCCUUUUGCAACAUAAAAGAAUUCACACGGGAGAGAAUCCGUACCAAUGCACUGAGUGUGGGAAAGGGUUUGGUAAGAACUAUAAGCUUUUGCAACAUCAAAGGAUUCACACGGGGGAGAAACCGUACACGUGCAAGGAAUGUGGGAAGAGUUUCAGUUGCAGCAGCUACUUUAUUUGCCAUAAAAGGAUCCACACAGGGGAGAAACCAUAUAAAUGUCCGGAGUGCGGAAAAGGUUUUAAUAAAAGCAGCCAUCUUACAUCUCACAAAAGAAAACACACAGGAGAGAAGCCAUACCAAUGCACGGAGUGCGGAAAAAGAUUUUCUUAUAAUUUUGUCCUCCGAUAUCAUCAACGAACUCAUACAGGGGAAAAACCAUAUGCAUGCCUGAUUUGUGGAAAGAGGUUCAGUGGGCGUUCAAACCUUAGAGUCCACGUAAGAAUCCACACGGGGGAGAAACCACAUAAAUGUGCAGACUGUGGAAAGAGCUUCCGUAAGGACAGUAAUUUCAUUUGCCAUAAAAGGAUCCACACGGGAGAAAAACCCUACAAAUGCCAGGAAUGCGGAAAGGGCUUUACUCAGAACGCGAACCUUAUCAAACACAAAAGAAUUCACACGGGAGAGAAACCGUACAAAUGCGCAGACUGUGGGAAAAGCUUCAACCAGACAAACCACCUUUCUCAACAUGAACUAAUCCAUAAAAGAAGGAAAUCAUAAUCUGAGAGCUUAAUCCCAAAUCGUGUUAGAUUUUUUUUUUGUCUCCAAAAUGAACAAUAGAAAUUGUGUAUUAUGUUGUGAAAUAUUGUUCAGUUAGAAGAGUAGCCUUAUCAGACCGAAAGGAAUCCAUGGGGGAGAACCUAUAGAAAUACCUGAAGCGUGAAAAGGGGGCCUUGCUCCUAUUUCCACUAAGAGGUUUUAUUUUGUGAGGAACACUGGAAUUAUAGAGAUGUUUUCAGUAUUUUGUGAGGAACGCUGGAAUUAUAGAGAUGCUUUCAGUACCCGCUCUGGCUUCUGUUUUUAAGAGAAAUUGUAGGAGCAAACUCGCAUAAAGAUAAAUACGUGAAUUCAAGUAAGCUACAUGGAGUUUAAAUGUGCAGCGUGUAGAAAAAGCUGAUUCAUUUAGGAGAAACUUUUAACAAAAUAUACCAUCGUAGAUUGCAAAGUGGUUCCCCUCAGCAGAGAAAACUGGAAAUGAACACGGAAAAAGUAGGGAGGGCUGAGACUUCUUCAAGAUGGAAGCCUCCUUGUCAUUACUUGAAAAUGAAUUGGAAUCAUUGCUAUUCCCCCCCCCCCGAUUUCUUUCCGAUUAAUAAAGAAGGUGGCUGCCUCAGGGUCCGUCAUUUCUGAGCCUGCACCAGUGAUAGUCCAGGUGAUCCAAAUUCUGCUGGCCCAACUUAGCCUUCUGAAAAUCUGCUUGGGUUGGUAACUGCUGCUACCUGUUGAGGCUUAAAUGUAUAUUCACAAAAAAAUGUUCUAUAAGAAAAAGAAAAUGUGGCGAAUGGAACACCUGAAAAGAGGAAAAAAGAAGCCUCCAAGAAGAAUGCUGUCAUAGAGCAUGGAGUUGCGGUGAGGGUAUUGGGAAUGUUCAAGGAAAUGUGAAAAGAAUGAAACUGGAAAACGUGAAACCACAAAGUGGAGCACCCUGAACUAAAUGAAGUGAAUUGUACCAGGAAGGGCCAGCUGAACUUCAGUGGUUUUGAGAAACUCUAUUCAAAGCAGGACCAUCGAAAGCAAUGCGGCGUCCAUUCAGAGAGGAUCCUCUGACUUUGUGUCCAUAACUCAUUAAACAAAGGUUUUUUCUGCCAUCA